ACACACACUUCUUAGGAAUUCAUGUCGAGGCAAUAAAAGAUUGGAAACAAUUUUCUUGCAGAAAUAUUUUUGCCUAAAUCUUUCACAAAACGUUUCCCCAGUGUAUGGCUUCUGUUCUCUCUUGCGAAUCUCUUCAAGUAGUUGGAUAAGAGUUUGCGAUACGAGUUUUUGGUUAGACAUAAUGACCAUUUUCAUUGCUUAACAUCAGUUUCAAUGUUUACUAAACUCAAAAAAGAUUCUUAUAUAUUUCAUUUUUAAAAUAAGACAACAUAAUUCUGAGCUGUUAAAUUUAUAUUUAAGGGAACCAGCUUUUAUUUUAUUUCAGGAUAAAAACCAGUAGUGGCCUGUGAAUGUGGGGGGAGAAGGGGUGGUGGCUUAAAAAGAAGCAAAAAUAGAGAUAUGGAAAUGAACUUUGGUGUGUGGUUAGAAGUGAGGCUGGAUCUUGGAAAUGGACGCGAGGUCAGUCAUAUGCGUGAGGAUUAUCACACAUAAAAGAGACAGAAGUAUGAAACAGCUUUGUGUGCUCAGGGAAUGCUGUAUUGCAGUAACUAGAACUUGGAUCAAACCUGUGGGAAAAUGUUGAGAGACGCAGCAGCAUGUAGUCACAGAUCAUCUUUGGAAAGAGGACAACCAAGAUCUAAAAUGACACCCAGUAAAAACAACACCAAAGACGUAGAUGAGAGAGUUCCAGGUGGGAGAACCAGACUUCCACGAAGAGCAGCAGACACCAAAAAAAAUUAUAAAGAUCUCUCAAAUUCAGAAUCAGAAAGUGAAAAAGAAGCUUCACAUUCCUUGGAAGAGAAAUUGCUAGGAAAGGAGGCGAAUACCCGUUCCAGAAGCAAAACCACAAAGCUGUCAAAGAAAGCACAGGAUGCCGUCUCCACCGAGACACGAAAUGAUAUAUCAGAAAAAUGGAAAAACUCAUCUCUGCUGAAAGAUACUACAAGAGAUAAUAGCCUUGACUUACCUCCGAGGCCUUCAUCUGGAGGUCCAUUAUCUCCUGUACCUUUAUCUGGGAGCCCAUCAUCUGUAGAAGUGAUGAGAUGCAAUAAUAUAGGUAUGGAGGAAAUAACAGAAAGGGAUGUUACUCAGGAUUAUGAGUGUAUAACAAAAUCCAAAUCACCUCAUCCAAAAACUUCAUCACCUGAAUCCUUAAACAGCAAAUAUAGAGUUGGAGGUCCAAUAAAGUCACCCAAAAACAGUGAGAAAAAUUUACUAUGUAGAAGAGAAAGUUGCUCACCAGUUCUUCAGUCAUCCUUGCUGGAAAGUCAUUCAGCAUGCCCAUUAUACACAUCUAGUGAAAGAGGAGAGAAAAUACGGUUUGACAUGCCCCGUAACUCUGCUCAUGGAUCAGGCCCUACAUCCCAUCUUAGUCGCAAACGAAUGUACAUAGAAGAUAAUCUAAUUAAUCCCUACGAAGUAGGAUUGGAAGAGGAAGAAUUAAGAGCAAACUUCCUUGCCAAAAAACUAUCUAAAAUGGAAGCUGCAGCUCAUCACACUGACAAAGGAUCUGAAAGUGUAUCUUUGUUAUCAACAAAUGCCUUUUCUAUUUCUGGGGAGAACCGGAAACCUGAAAUUUCACGUGUAGACAUGUGUGAAGAAUUUAAUACAGAAUUUGGAAAGGAAUUAAAUGUCCACGAAAAAUUGAUAGAUUGUUUUUCUAAGCAGUCUUUGAAAACAGCUCAACACCAUCUGAAAACAAUGACUCAUAAGAUUCAGGAAUACAGGACCAAAAAACUUGAUAAAUUCCAAUUCAGCAUCAUACGGGAGCUGGAGAAUUUUGAAGAAGAUGCACAGUCUUUAAAAGAUUUGGAGAAGGAAUUUGUGGACUUUUGGGAAAAGACAUUUCAGAAGCUCGGUACCUAUCAAAAAAAUGAACUGGAGAGGCUUCACUUUCUGAAAGCUUCAUUGGAUAAAAAUGUCUUCUACAGCCCUAAUCGUGAAAAAACUAUUUGUACAUCUGAGAUGUAUUUCAUGAAAGAAAACAUGAAAAAGCUGCAAGCCAUGCUUCUUAAGGAAAUGCAAGAAGAGGAGCUUCUUAAUGUACGCAAAGGACUGCUGUCAUUAUUCAUGGCUCGUGGGAAGUGUUAGUGUGUGAUAUCUAGUUGUUAACCAAGUUUUAUCCAAUGACUCUGUAUAUAACCAAAAAUACCAGAGUAGCCCCACAAAGAGAAAAAUACAUGUCACCCAACAAGAAUACCUUUGACCUUUGAACUCAAGUAUAUGUCUUAUGGAUGAGAAAAAACCAUUAUAACAUGACUCUAAGCCCAAAAAACUUGUCUACACAAUGCCACUCUUUUUUUAGAGAGACAAUUUUGGGGAACCAAACAGUAAAAAGAAUUGGCUUCUUAUUGUAGUAAUAUUUGCAUUAGACAAAUAUUACUGAGUUAACUAAACCACUUACAAAACAAGUUUAAUAAGCCAAAAUUUAUAUAAAGUGAAUAUAGUUUGGACUAAACGAUAAAGUAUUAUUAGUUUACUAGUUCAGAAGAUCUACAAAUAAUAAAAAUGUAAGCAUGCUUAGAAGUCUUUGAUUUCCAGCGUUUCCCUGAGUGUAAGUUGGUAUUGCAGCACGCUGUUGGAGGUACAGUUAUUCAAUUAUGGCUCCAGUAUUAGAAGGCACAACAUAGCCUGAAAUAGUCACUAUAUUUUAGUUCUAGGUAGAAGUCUUAACUC